CCCAACGUCUCUGCGCCGCCCGGCAGGCGAGGAGCCCCUCCCCCUCCUGCCCUAACCACCAUGGGAAUGCCGGACCAAGACGACCGCGCAGCGGUGUCCGCGCCCCUACUCACGCGGCCCGCGUACCUCUCCUCCUCAUUCUCCUCCUCCUCCUCCUCCUCGUUCGGCUCCACGUCCUCGUCCUUCACGGACGCCGCCGCCUCGCCGCCCUCCGCGGAGGGAGGAGGGGCCGCGUCGCCGAUGGGGGGGCCGACCGCGUGCAAGGCGCUCGCGGUGCUGCGGGACCACCCGGGCUCCGUCUCCUGCCUCUCGCUCUGCGGGGAGUUCCUGCUCAGCGCAUGCACGGGCGCCGACAUCGUCGCGUGGCAGCAGCCGGACCUCCGCCGCUUCGCGCGGUUCGGACACGGGGAAGGCUCCGUCAAGGCGCUGGCCGCGGCGGGCGGGCGCGUCUUCUCCGCGCACCAGGACGGACGCGUCCGGGUCUGGCGCGUGUCGCGCCGCUCCGAGAACGCAUUCAAGCUCGUCGCCGCGCUGCCCACCGCCAGGGACUACCUGGGUCGGAUCUUCCGCCAGGCGAGCUACGUCCAGACGCGCCGCAACCACAAACGCCUCUGGAUCGAGCACGCCGACAGCAUCUCCUGCCUCGCCGUGCACGACGGCAUCCUCUACUCGGGAUCCUGGGACAAGACGCUCAAGGUCUGGCGCACCGCCGACCUCAAGUGCCUCGAGUCCAUCCGCGCCCACGACGACGCCGUCAACGCCGUCGCCGCCGACGGCGGCGUCGUCUACUCGGCAUCCGCCGACGGACGCGUCAAGGCCUGGGAGAAAGGCAAGGCCGCGCAUUUCCUCCAGGGCGUCCUCGUCGCCAGCGACGGCGUCUCGUGGAACGCCCUCGCGGUUGGCACCGACCACCGGGUGUACGCCGCGGGGUCGGACGGCCACGUCGUCGGCUGGGACCGGCUCGGCAGCAGGAGCGCGGCCCGGUGGACCCUCGCGUGCGACGUCAAGGCGCACGACAUGGCUGUGCUCUGCCUAUGCAUCGCCAGAGACCUGGUGUGCACCGGCUCCGCCGACAAGACCAUCGGCCUGUGGCGCCGGCAGAGCAGCGGCGAGCUCGCCAAGGUGGGCGCCAUCGGAGGCCACGACGGCCCUGUCAAAUGCCUGCAGGCUUCCUGGUGCAGGGUGAGCAAUGGCUGCAUGGUGUACAGCGGGAGCCUUGACAAGAGCAUCAGAGUUUGGUGGGUGCCCGGUGGUUUGGACGACAAUGAUCAACAGCAGCAGCAAGACAAGUGUAUCAAGGAUCAGAAUCAGAAUGACAAGGCCUCUCUGUUCUUGAGAUGAAUUUUUUUCUUUCAAAUUCAAAACGAAAUUGUUUGCUAUUGCUUUGGUCUAGUCCUUAGUUUGGAUUGUUUGACACUGCCGGGGUUGGUGAUUCUUAUAUUAGAAAAGGAGAGCAUAAAAAGUAAAGUAGCCAUAGAGUGGGUGUAAUUGCGUAAAUGGCUGUAUACUAUAUUCUGAUUUUUGAAAUAGGUUUUUUAUUGGAAGGAAAAGGCUCG